AUGGGUGUGGAUUUCUAUAAUAUUUUGAAGGUUGAAAAAAAUGCUACCGAUGAUGAUUUGAAGAAAGCUUAUAGAAAAUUGGCUAUGAAAUGGCACCCUGAUAAGAACCCUACCAAUAAAAAAGAAGCUGAAGCCAAUUUCAAACAAAUUUCUGAAGCUUAUGCGAUAUUGAGUGAUCCUCAAAGAAGGAUGCUAUAUGAUCAGCUUGGGGAACAAGGGUUAAAAGAUAAGCCACCGCCGGGAAAUGAGUCGGCGAAUGGUUUUAAUCGAACUGCGGAGGAUAUCUUUACGGAAUUCUUUGGGAGUAGUCCUUUGAAUUUUGGAUCGUCUGGACCUGGAAGGUCGAAGAGAUUCUCAUCUGAUGGUGGAGGAAGCGCUCCGUUUGGUGGAUUCAGCGGAGAUUUUAAUUUUCGAACACACAGCGAAAGAUCGCAUAUGCCAAAGAAACCGUCACCUGUGGAGACUAAAUUGCUUUGUAGUUUGGAGGAGUUGUAUUCUGGUUCUACUAGGAAAAUGAAGAUCUCAAGGACUGUAAUGGAUCCCAAUUCUUACGGAAGGGAAAUCAAAGAAACGGAGGUAUUAAGCAUUGAGGUAAAGCCGGGUUGGAAGAAAGGGACAAAGAUUACAUUCCCAGAUAAAGGGAAUCAGCAAUUAAAUCAACUACCAGCAGACCUUGUAUUUGUGAUUGAUGAGAAGCCUCAUGAAGUGUUCAAGAGAGAUGGGAAUGACCUUAUUGUGAACCAGAGGAUAACACUAGCAGAAGCCAUUGGAGGAACAUUAAUAAAUAUAAAAACGCUCGACAAACGUAUCUUACGCGUUCAAGUGAAAGACAUUGUGAGUCCUGGUUAUGAGCUUGUUGUUUCUAAUGAAGGAAUGCCAAUAACAAAGGAACCUGGUCAUAGGGGUCAUUUGAAGAUCAUAUUUGAGGUUAAGUUCCCUAAAAAAUUGACAUCAGGCCAACGUGCUGCACUUAAGAGAGUUUUGGGAGGUUGA